UUCCUUUCGUGCAUAUGUCAUUUGUUUUAUAUUUCUAGGUGUUGGUGCAGCUUGGAGAUAGAACAAUAAAGAUUGAUAAUGUCAGGAAGCUUAUUUGGGAGAAUUGCCUUCUAUCCAACAUUGUAUUAUAACAAACUUAUGACAAAGAUAACAAACAGGCAAUGGUACAACAGAAUUGAUGAAACAGUUGUAUUGGGUGCUCUCCCCUUGAAGGAAAAUAGUAAAAAGCUUGUUGAGGAUGAGAAUAUUAAAGGUGUGAUCAGUUUGAAUGAAGACUGGGAAAUGAAAGGCAUGAUUCCAACAGAAAAGGAAUGGAAGGAUCUUGGUGUGGACCAGUUAUUCCUACAAACAGUAGAUUAUGUAGGGACCCCUACACAGGAGAAUAUAAACAAAGCUGUACAAUUUAUUAUGAAAUAUAGAAAGAGGGAAGAGAGUGUAUAUGUUCACUGUAAAGCUGGCAGAACCAGAAGUACAACUAUAGUAGCAUGUUAUUUAGUUCAUGUAAAUAAAUGGACGCCUGAUGAAGCUGUAGAAUUUAUCAAAACUAAGAGAUCUCAUGUGUGGUUACGUGAUAAACAAAUUCAGUCUAUUCAUACUUAUUUUGAAAACCAGAACUCAUUUUCUGAAAAUACUGCAGGAUCUUGAUAUCACAUGAUCAAUUUAGCUGAUUAUUUCUAUGGACAGUUUAUCGUGCAUUGAUUAGUCAAGAUUGGAAGUCAUAAUUCUAUUUGCUUGUGUUCGCAGAUUUUAUUACAUUUACAGAAUCAUUAAUGCGGAAAUAAGUUAUGU